AAUCCAACUGCCUCUGCCUCUCGAGUGCUGGGACUAAAGGCAUGCACCACCAUGCCUGGCUGUGAUGACAGAUAAGUUUUAAAAAACCAGGCACAUUUUCCUCUAAGGAUGAAAAACUAUGUGACAGGCUGGCUUGGCCUCAUAGCUGGGCACUUGGCAGAGCUGGGAGUGUCUCGACUUCCGCUCCGUCCUUCCUGUUUUGUCAGUGCUGGCGCCCUGGGCAGGGCAGACAGCCCAUAAUAGUCAGAGGAGAACUACAGGGUCUGGCCACUGACACGGGGUGGGGUGUGCCCUCUCCUUGUCCUACCAGAAGCUGCCUGCUCCCUUGUCAUGUGUCUCUGAUGUAUUAAGUCCUCAAGAUCUCAUCAAACUGGUGAGCCAGGUCCCAGGACUUGUUUCUCAGAAGAGGAAUUGGACCAAGCGACUGCCACUGAAAGUCACAGAGCCAGAGUUGGCUUAGGGCUUCCAGCUGUAAAUGGCCUUCCGAUUUCCAGAUUCUCACAUUUGGGGAUGGUAAUAUUCCAGGGCACAGGACUAGGAUGCUUUGCAAUUCAGCUCUGACCUCCCCUUAACUGAGAGAUCUUGGGUUGAAUCACAUUGACAGUGAAAACCAACCAGGACAAUCCCCUACAGGUGUCCCAGGCCCCGAUGGAGGAGCAGUAUUCCCAAGCCUAUGCUGAGUACAAGGAUGCAGAUUACAGUCACCUUCCUGAUGACCCUGUAGAUUGCCUAGAUGGUUCCUGCGUCUCCAGCAACAUCCAUCUUGUGGCCCCUCUGCUCCUGUAUGCUGUCAUCUUCCUGGUGGGCAUUCCAGGCAAUGCCAUGGUGGCUUGGGUGACCGGGAAAGAGUCCCGCCACAGACUUUGGGCCUCCUGGUUCCUGCACCUGGCCGUGGCUGACCUGCUCUGCUGUCUGGCUCUGCCCAUUCUGGCUGUGCCCAUUGCUCAAAAGGGCCACUGGCCUUAUGGGGCAGUGGGCUGCCGGCUUCUGCCCUCUGUCAUUCUCCUGUCCAUGUACACCAGCGUGCUGCUCCUGACUGCCCUUAGUGCUGACCUCUGCCUGCUGGCCUCCAGGCUCCCCUGGUGGGAUACAGCUCGCCGGAAGAUUGGGGUACGGGUGGCCCAGGUCACUGUCUGGGUGUUAGCUCUGUUACUAACGGUGCCUACUGCUAUCCACCGCCAACUGAUUCAGGAGCAUUACCCCUCUCAGCUGCAGUGUGUCAUCAACUAUGGAGGCUCUGUGACUGCAGAAGCCUCAGUCACUGCUGUCAGGUUUCUCUUUGGCUUCCUGGGGCCCCUGGUGUUCAUGGCUAGCUGCCACGGUGUCCUCCAGUGCUGGAUGGGCCAACGUCACUGGCCAUUGGGCACAGCCAUCAUGGUAGGGUUUUUCAUCUGCUGGACCCCUUACCAUGUCUUGGGGGUUGUGAUUACUGUGGCCGCUCCCCACUCCCCACUUCUUGCCCGGGCUCUGCAAGCUGAGCCCCUAGUUGUAGGGCUGGCCCUUGCUCACAGCUCUCUGAACCCGAUUAUCUUUCUGUAUUUUGGGAGGGGUCAACUCCGUAAGUCAUUAAGGGCUGCAUGUCACUGGGCCCUGAGGGAGCCACAGAAUGAGGAAAGUAUAACCAAGACACCCACCAGCCAUGAGAUAAUAUCUGAGAUGGAGCUAUAGGCAACAGGGACAUUGGAUUUGAAUUUCCUGGGUCUGGCUUCAGGCAUAGCUAGAUCCAGGAGCUCAAUGAUGACUUUGUUUUAGUCUUCAUUCAAUAAACAUUCAUCCUACGCUUGUUUAUGGCAAGCACCGAUACAGGUGUUGGAGGACAGCUGUGGCCAGUACAAUUCCUCUCCUUAGGAGCUGGUAUUUAGCAGAGGGGAUCAAAGAAGGCUGGUUGGGGCAGCCUAGGUCAACCAAGCUAGUCCCUUUCAGAAAAGGUGACAUCUGAGCCAAAACUUGAAUAAGAGAAGAAGACCCAUUCUUUUAAAUCUGGGGAGAACUGUUCUAAGCAGAGAAGAAGCCAGUGUUCCUCCUCCAGGGAGCCCUCCCUGAUCCUCAUCUGUCCCUGGGAGAAGGGCUUUUCCUUUCUUGCAACCUCUUGAACACAGUUUUUCAAAUGAACUCUAAAUUCCCCCAGUGGUGACAACUGGACAAAUUUUGGGGGUAAAUUCUCUCCUUCCACUAUGCGGGUCUUAGGGGUUGAACUGAGAGGUCUUCAGGUUUGGCUGCAAGUACCUUUACUGCUCAGCCAUGUUGUUGGCCCAACCUAGUCUCUACUCUCCCUUUCCAUCCAACGGCUUAGAAAGCAUUGUAUUUUCUUUGUCGAUACCCUAAUUUUCUAGCUGGACUUUGGGUUCUUUGAUGUUGCUGAUGUCUUUUGUUGUGGGGGGAUCUUUAAAAGGUUAUUAAAAGUUUUUCAUACAAGUA